AUGUGCCAUUCCUUCCCAUGUGCCAUUCCCAUGUGCCAUUCCUUCCCCAUGUGCCAUUCCUUCCCAUGUGCCAUUCCUUCCCAUGUGCCAUUCCCUUGUGCCUUUCCUUCCCAUAUGCCAUUCCUACAUGCCAUUCCCUUGUGCCAUUCACUGCCUUUCCUAUGUGUCAUUCCCACGGGCCUUUCCCAUUGCCAGUUAAAAGGCCACCUAGGCUUUCCAUCACCCACCCCCCACUCCCCGCUGCCUUCUUCCACUCCCAACCCCCCUUCUCCUGCCCUCCCCUUCUCCACAUUCCCCCCCAACCCUAAUUCUCCCGCCCUCCCCUUCUCCAAAUUCCCUCUUCAACCCCCCUUCUCCCGCCCUCCCCUUCUCCACAUUCCCCCCCAACCCCCCUACUCCCGCCCUCCCAUUCUCCACAUUCCCCCCCAACCCCCCUUCUCCCGCCCUCCCCUUCUCCACAUCCCCCCCAACCCCCCUUCUACCGCCCUCCCAUUCUCCACAUUCCCCCCCAACCUCCCUUCUCCCGCCCUCCCCUUCUCCACAUUCCCCCCCAACCCCCCUACUCCCGCCCUCCCAUUCUCCACAUUCCCCCCCAACCCCCCUUCUCCCGCCCUCCCCUUCUCCACAUCCCCCCCAACCCCCCUUCUACCGCCCUCCCAUUCUCCACAUUCCCCCCCAACCUCCCUUCUCCCGCCCUCCCCUUCUACCCAUUCCCCCCCAACCCCUCUUCUCCCGCCCUCCCCUUCUCCACAUUCUCACCCAACCCCCCUUCACCCACCUUCCCAUUCUCACCCCCCCCAACCCCCCUCCCUCCCCUUUUCCCCCUCUCUGUCCCACCGUUGCGACUAUUUCCCCCCAUGUCCUGUUGGUAGGUUCGUGUCGGCAACAUAUGUGUUGGACUGGAAAAUCUAUGUCUUGAACCUGAGUCGCACCACGCCUGCCCUUCCCGCCACGCUGCCCCCGUCUCGUCACGUCCCUCCCUUCUCACCACGUAGCGCCGUGCUUGCCGCGCCCUACUUCGGCCUUUUUUGCGAUUUCCACCAGUAG